AUGAUCGCUCUCUUCGCGACUCCAGUUCCGGCGAGCCCCAACAUGGCGGCCAUGGGCACUGCGGUGGCGAUGCUCUAUGCAUACAUCUGGAUCUUCUCCGCCACGCUCGACAACGCUCUAGUCGUCUACCUGCCAGAGCUUUUCCCCACCCAUCUAAGAGCGAAGGGCAUGGCCUUGGGUAUCGCCUCAUUAGAUCUGACUGACCUGAUCCUGCUCCAAAUAAGCCCAGUUGCCAUCCGAGCCAUCGGCUGGCGCUACUAUCUCCUCUUCAUCAGCGUCUCAGCAGCAGCUCUAUUCUGGGCCUGGUUCCAGGUUCCCGAGACCAAAGGCCUGCCAUUAGAGAAGAUCGCGGAGCUCUUCGGCGAGGAGACUGAGCAGGUCCGGCCGGAGAAGGAUGGCCAUGUCGAGCAGAUUGAGCGUGCGGGCACAGGGAAAGAUGAUGUCAAGGUUAGUGUCGACGUGUAG